GUGAUUUUAGUUCGCGGUCCGACAAGCGUGGUUAGCUGCAGAACAGAGGUCUACAGAGAAAAAUGACUAAUUAGUGUAAAAUGUAUGACCACUGAGGGCUCAGAGCAAGUUUCUUAUAAUACAGGGUUAUAGAGGAUAUUUAGUCAAAAUGCCUCGUUUCGCCCAGCUGGUAAUGGGUCCGGCUGGGAGUGGAAAAAGCACCUACUGCUCCACUCUGGUCCAGCACGCAGAAACGAUUGGGCGCUCCGUGCAGGUGGUGAACCUGGACCCCGCGGCCGAGCACUUCCACUACCCCGUGAUGGCAGACAUCCGGGAGCUGAUCCAGGUGGAUGAUGUGAUGGAGGACGACUCCCUGCGGUUUGGCCCCAACGGAGGCCUAGUCUUCUGCAUGGAAUACUUUGCGAACAACUUUGACUGGCUGGAGGAAUGUCUGGGUCACGUGGACGAUGACUACAUCCUGUUUGAUUGCCCUGGUCAGAUAGAGCUUUAUACACACCUGCCUGUCAUGAAGCAGCUGGUGGAGAAGCUGCAGCAGUGGGAGUUCCGGGUGUGCGGUGUCUUCCUCGUCGACUCGCAGUUCAUGGUGGAAACCUUCAAGUUCAUUUCUGGGGUAUUGGCAGCUCUGAGUGCAAUGACAUCCCUGGAAAUCCCACAGGUCAACAUCAUGACGAAAAUGGAUCUGCUCAGCCAUAAAGCCAAGAAGGAAAUUGAGAAGUAUUUAGACCCAGACAUGUAUUCAAUGAUGGAAGACAAUGCGCUUGGUCUUAGGAGCAAGAAGUUUAAGAAGCUCACAAAAGCCAUCUGUGGUCUGAUCGAUGACUACAGCAUGGUACGCUUUCUGCCUUUUGAUCGCACAGACGAGGAAGGAAUGAACAUUGUCCUUCAGCACAUCGACUUUUCCAUCCAGUACGGCGAGGACCUUGAGUUCAAGGAGCCCAGGGAAACCGAGGAGGAGCCCAGCAACGCCAACUAUGACGACUUCUUCCAGGAUAAAGUGGAUGACUAAAAAACAAGGCAAGAAGGAAGCCCCACCAAAAGGAAGUGUAAAAGUUCAUUUAAAUGAUGCCAAGGUGAUAUAUGCAAAAGGUCCGGUUUUCUCUUCAAGUACCUAAGCUGCAAAAUUAAACCGGCAUGUCCUUUGUCAACAGAUUUUAAUUUAUUGAGCUAAUAUGUAUGUAAACCAUAUUGUAUUGUUAGACUCCGGGUUUUAAGGACACGUUUCAUGUAUGUGAUCGUUUUUCUUUUGUUUGUGCUUGUUUUUAUGUUGUUAUGGGAGCUGCUGUCAUAAAGACGGAUUUGUUGUUUUUAGGCAGAUGUAAACACAUCUGAGUCGCUGUAAAUGAUUGGAGUAUAU